AUGUCGUCCCCGGCUGUACAAGAGUUCCUGGUCGACUACGCCUGCAACGAUGGCCAAGUCGACUUCGCGGCGUACCCGGCCGUGUUGGCGCAAUGCUCCCCUGUCGUCGAUGCUGCCUCCGAUGAUCCAGACGAAAUCGUGCCGCAAGCCAAGCAAGACGAUGGCUUGCGCGGUCGUGAUCGACCUUAUUGUCGAGUCCUCGAGGCGACGAAACAUCAGCAUUGUCUCUGGAGCGAGGCCUUCAAGGCCGAGUUCCCGAUGUCCGCCAUCGAGGAAUCAAGCUUCCACACGGCCCCUCGAGCACCUCUCCGGCGCACACCUUGUUCGUCGUACGUAUGGAGGCUUGACGUUCCGUACUUCGGCCCUCGGGCGCGCGCUCGAAGACGAUCGUGCGUCCGCGACCAAGCUCACCAACUUCAACAAAGUGAACGGCCUCCACCACACUCACUAUGUUCUGUACGAGUUUAUCGUUGACCAUGAUCGCUUCGCCUGGUCUGCACCGUCGGCUGCGAUUCGGGACACGCGCCGACUCGCUCUCCCGUCCGACUUUGAGGCGCUGCUUGUCGCCCUCGCCGGACCACAAGGCCUCAACUCGGCUUCGGGCGGAUUCUCGCCGCGCCGCGUGCCCGACCAGGAGCUCGUCGACCUCCGCCGUGCCGUCCAGACCCGCAUCGCCGCACUGGCCCCUCCGCCCCCCUCGGAUGCCCGCUCCGAUCAUCACGAGAAGCUGUUCCAAGCGACCCUUGCGCUCCAACGCAAACUGUCAUCCCAUCUCGAGGCGGACGCGGGAAACUCGGAUUCGCUCGAUCUCGUCGCGCGCUCGGACGAGCAUCUUCACGACGUUGCGACCAUCGCCUCGUCCCUGGCCCUGGGUAGUCGAGGGGAGCCCCUCGUCGGGCACAUUCUCGACAGCAUUCCUCUAACCGAGUUUCGGGGCGACCCUCUGGUCGAUUUCUUUGGACCUGGCCCGGCAAAGACGGGAACUUUGCACCGCUCGGCGACUGGCUUCGCUCAUGGUAUCGACCUCGUCGACCCCCUCCCGGUCGACACCGACUCGGCCGACCCCGAGCAGCGUCGCAAGGUCCUGGAACAGCUCGCCAAGACGAAUUGCGGUUUCCUCGAUCUCCUGCCCGUCGCCGACCACGAUCGAUACCCUGAUUGCCUGGUGUUUCUUCAAGAACAUCUCGUCGCCGUCUGUCCGGCGCCCGUCCUCGUCCUCGUCGGCGCCAGCGUCGGCUCCGUCUUCCUCCAGCAUCGUGCGCCGAUCCGCAAGACCAGUUUCGACCCCUCGCUUGAAGCCGGUGUCGCGGAGGAGUGGCUCCCUCGCCGUCCCACCGAGAGGGAGGGCCUUCCGACCUGGAAGGCGCUCCCCAUGCACGGGUUCUCCGAGGUGCUCGGCGAGUCGAUCGUCGUGUGCGUCGACGAGGCGCGUGACGAGUGGCGACUGGUGAUCCCCCAGUUGCACCCGGGUUUGAACGCGUACGACCCUCUCUUGGGCGUGUUCCGUGGUCGAUUCGCGGCCACCAUCGAGCUCAAGGCGAUGCUCGCGGAAGAGGUCCUUCGUCGAUGGCCAGUCGCCGGCGGGAAUCAAGGCGCGAUCGUGGGGCUGAGGACUCGGCUGCAGGAGCUUUCAGCAGAGUGCGGGCUGGAACAUGCUCUUGAAACGAUGCGAAGCCGCGUCUUGGACAUGGGGGCGAUGGUGAUGGGCGAGCGGUAUGCGGGAAAGACGAAGGUCGUCAGUGCUGCCGGCGCAGCAGCCCUGUCGGCGUCGACGAGGAGGUACGUCCGUGCGCGGCUUUCGCACCGUGUGCAACUUUUGCGCGGGUUACUCGAGAAACUUUGUUUCUGACCUGUCCCUACUACAGGACCAACGUCAAGCUACCUAAAACCGAGGGCCUCCCCAACGGUAGUCGUCGUCGCGCGCAACUCAAAAAGAUUGAGGAACUCGAGACGGAGGAGGUGCGGAGGGGGGUGCCGGUUGCGCUUCGUUCGACCCCGGCCUACAAGUCGGCUCGACCAGGAACCGAAAUCUACGCCAACUUCUUCCUAUCGUUGCGACCCGAUACCAGGUACACUAGGGCUGCCUACGGGGCUUCGGGUUGGGCGGCGCAGUUAGCGAAGAUGACGACGCCCAAAGAUUUGGCACGGUAUGCCGCCAACCGCAAGCGGGUGGGUGAAUUGAAUGCGGAACGUCAGACCGGUCAAGGCGGUCAACAAUGGGUUGAUCAGGUCACCUCCCCUCACCUCGACCCCGUGAAACUCAUGGUCCUGCUCGCCGACUCGACCCGCCCGCGAAUCGAGCGCAAGAAGGACGGGUAUUAUUGGGCUAGGCACGAGGAGUGCGGCUGGGAGGGUCUGGCCUACUACAGAAGUGUUCAUCGGUGUUCUACAACAGGUGAGUCUUGUUUCCGCCAACUUCAGAGGGCCGCGGAGAUCCCGGUGUUGAGACCACUCGGCUCGUGGCCGGUGCAGAUCCCGUUCCCCACCUCUCGACCAAGAAAGGCGAAGGCGACAACAGGCAUCAGGUCAUCGCGACGAUGAACGAAGACGCUUACCGCCUGCGCCAGCUCAUGUAUCCGCACGACGUCCUUGAUCGCGUCGAGUUGGACGCUGGGGAGUACGAGUGUCCACGACAAGUCUCUACAAUAGGAUCCGAGUUCGAAGACGAAGGAAGGACGGUAUUGGAUUUGGGGGGUUCGCUUGUUCUUGACUCUGAAGAUGUGACUAAUUGGAAGAAUGGCAGGAUGUUUCUACUCGACUGGGAUCGCCAUCUUACCCUGGCUGCAGUCAAUUGGGCCCGCCAUCUAAUCAGGGAGGCGGGGCAUUUCUAG